AUGUCCUCCCCUCUUUCCACCUCUUCAUAUGUAUCAGAAGCAUCCCUGCCCUCCUCCUCAGAGGAGUGGCAGAGUGUGCUGUCUGAAGGAUCAAUUAGCCAGGAGGAAAUGAUGGAACAUCAAGAUAUCAAUGAUGCAGCUACAGAUGAUACAGCUAGGAGCACUGGCACACCCCAAACCCCUGAAAGGCCAAGAGCUAGGUCACCCCAGUCCCGAUCAAAUUAUGUCUACUUGGAGUAUCACAACUGUAACAAUCUGACUAUGGAACAAGUUGAAGCAAGGCUCAGAUCAACAGGAGCAUCUAGUUGGAUAAUUGGGGAGAAAAUCAGAAAUAAUGCAAAGAUCAUGCUGGUCUUGGCAUAUAAGAAGAAUCGAUGGCAGACACGUGGAAGCACAACCUUCGAUGUCAGAAAUUAUCACCCACACAGAGAAGAUCUUGGAAAACAAAAGAAUAAUGCCAUGGAAGCAAAGUUUGUUGACAUUAUUACCACUUGUGAGAGGAGAAUGGGUCACUUGGAUAUUCAACUGUGCAAUGGUAGCAUUUCGGAAAGCACUGUUUAUUGCACCAAACAGGGAUGCAGGGUUAGAAAUCAUAAAGAGGGAGCGACCAAGAGAUCUCUUGUGCCAUUACACAAAUAUCAGGCUUGGCUUGGAAGCCCAUUUCAAGGAACCACCAAAGA